AUGACGUCUAGAGGACCUAAGGCAAAACGAAGAUGUUUACCGAAUGGAAUGUGGUAUGUACACCCCUUCUUCAACCAGACAUGGACGGAUUUUACGGACUGUCAGAAUAAAGACGAUUCACGUGGUGCAAAUGGAACUUUAAUGCGCCAUCUCCCGGUGAUAGAUACAUUCUCAUUCGUAGGAUAUAGCGUGUCCUUGGUAUGUCUUCUUGUUGCAGUUGCUUUUUUGAUAGGAUUCAGGCGGCUGCAUUGCCAAAGAAACCUGAUUCACAUUAACUUAUUCGUUUCGUUUAUUCUGCGAUCCAUAAUCUGUCUUGUUAAGGAUGUUUUCCACACACCAAAAGGACGCUCAUCCGUAAUAAACAACAAAGCAACUCUCACUCCUCAAGGAACGAACUGGUCCUGUAAGCUGGUGUUCACAUUCUUUAACUACAUUCUAUUGGCCAACUACAUGUGGAUAUUAAUGGAAGGGUUGUAUCUCAACACUCUCAUUUUUCUGUCAACCUUUAAAAAAAGCAGAAGAUUUUACCUGUACAUCAUUUCGGGAUGGUUGUUACCUGUCAUUUUUGUGAUACCCUGGAUCCUGGUCAGAAGAUAUCUUGAAGAUACAAUGUGUUGGAGCACUCAUAAUGCCGAAAACAAGUUUGUUUGGCUCAUCCGGGGACCAAUUGUAGCCACCAUUGUGAUUAAUUUCAUAUUCUUCAUCAACAUUAUACGUGUUAUUUUCACGAAGCUGAAAGCAUCUCAUGCUAAUGAUUGUGACCGGUAUAGAAAACUGGCCCGCUCCACGUUGGUCCUGAUCCCCCUGUUCGGUGUGUACUAUAUGAUAUCUGUUGUCAUGCCAGAAUGUAUGGACCCAGGUGUGGAACUUAUCUGGUUGUAUGUGGAGAGUGGAGUUAAUUCAUUUCAGGGGUUUCUCGUUGCACUGCUCUUCUGCUUUCUAAAUGGAGAAGUUCAGCACGAAAUACGCAAAGAAUGGAACCGAAAGUGGGUAGAUGGUCGGUUUAGCAAUGCUUCCAUAAAAUCCAAUAAAGCGCUGUCAAUAGGAGCCGUUGUGAGGAAGAAUAACUUAUCGUCUGCAAUACUAGCAAACGACACGUACAAAAGUAAAGGACAAUGUCAUAAACAGGACAGAAAUCUUACAAAUGACUGUGAAAAAUAUGAUAAAGAAUUCAAAUUUCCUGAAUUUGAAACAAAAGAAGAGGACGACAGAUUGUUAUAUGGCACUUAAUUUAAAAUAAGAAAAAGGAUAUGGAAUUUCAUUUCUUUUUUAUUCAACGCUUCAUUGAAAUUAUAAAGAUGAAAUUUUUUUCAGUUUCCCAUCUUUUUUCUUGAAAUUGUUUAGUUCCUUUCAAAUAUCAGGGUGUCCGUAAAAUAAAUAUUGAAGGAAUUCUAUUAAUAUAUCUUUAUUCUUACUUUAAAAAAAAGCUUUCUUGACUAAGAAAUAUAUAUGCACAUGUUAGUACUUCAAAGUAAAUUAUAAGCUUCCAAUUCCCUUACAAGGUCCAAUAGUCUAUUGAUAUAUUUGAAAUUUUUGGCAAACCUUUUUAUUUGAUUUUUCAUAUAAAUGUCAUCCAGAAAAAAAGAAAAUCUUGAAAUCAUAGAGUUCCCGCAUGAAAGUAUAUGACCUUUGACUUAUUUCUUUUAUAAAAUGAUUCAUGCUGUUCACUUUCAAACCGAUGAAAUCUUUAAUUAUCCUAGUAUGUGUUAACCUCAAGUCUUUGGCUGGGUUUAAUUGAUUCACAAUUUCAAAAAAGAUGAUCAAAAUGACAAUUCCAACAAUGUUGAAUAUCCAUGUGUUUCAAACAUCAAGAAUAUUCGUUAUAACUUUACAGGUUACUGUAAACCAACUUUUAUUCGCGGCGACGACUUUAUUUAGCGAUUUACCGAGAAUAACAUAGUUAGCGACGAUUAAUUUUCGCGAACAAGCAGUUUAAUAGAAUAAAAGACUUUAAGUACAAAAAGUAUUCAAAUCUACGUUCAUAUAUUGGAGAACAUAAAAUGUACAACACUCUUAAAAUCCAGAGUAAAUAUAUUGUGCAUUUCUUCAGCAAAAGUGAUGUGGAGAAGAAUCAGUUUCUUUAUCUUUUAGACAUGUUUUCACAUAUGUCAAAGGAACAAUUAAAUAACUCGAAUCCCUGUACACAUGAAAAGUGGGGAAAAAUACAGAAAAAAUCAUGGGAUCAGGUGCAAUCAGCGAGGAUUAAAAUAAGCUGUCCGUUGGUUACAUCCGCUGUGAGUUCUCCGUCUUGAUCUGGAAAAACAAUGUAAUCCUAGAUAAAUAAGUACUAAGAAAUAUCAAAACAAUACGUUUUAGAUAAAAAGCAGGAAACAUUCGACCUCCAGGACAGUUAGCUAAGGCGGUCAUGUAACUGACUUAGGGACAGGCACAAAUUAAGUGUUAAUCGUAUAAUUAAGUAGGGUGUUUAGCGUAACAUAUUGACCAAUCACAAAACGAUAGCUUGUAAAAUCAACUGGAAGAUAAAACAAUUCAUGCAAUGUUGUUUCAUGUUACUUGUUAUUAAAAAAAAUACAAGAGAA